AUGACCACUACAUCUGAACUUAUAGAUGGAUUAGUUGAUAUAGAUUCAGAAAAUACUGAAAAUCGAUAUUCAAAAAACAUUGAUUACUAUCAAAAAUACAUUGAUUUGCUAAAAGAAAACAAAGAUUUAGAAACAGAAAAGGAAAACUAUAAGUUUGAUUUAACCAAAUAUCGAGAAAUUCUUGAACCAACUUACAAUGAAAAAAAUAGAAAAUUAAAAGAGAAAAAUAAAAUUAUAACCCAAGAGAAAGAAUUUUAUUUUGAUAAUUUUACUAAAUAUCAAAAAGAAAUUGAACCAAAAUACAAAGAAAAAAUCAAUAGUUUGACUCAAGAUUUAUCUAAUUGCGAAAGAGAAUUGCUUCAAUGUAAAGAAGCUGAGAUAGCUUACAAUUCAAUGAUCAUAGAUUUAAAAGAAAGGCAUAAUUAUGAUAGAGAAAGAAUAAAUAACUUGGAAAAAGAUUUAAAACAAUCUAAAGAUUAUGCUGAGAAAAAAACCAUUGAACUUGAAACAGAUGUUCGUAGCAAAGCUGUUAUGAUUGAAGCUAUUGAAAAAUUGAACAGAGAAUUACAGGUUGAAAGUGCCAACAUAAAAAAGGAAGUCCCAUCAUAUCAUUUUUGUUUGAGUGAUUCAGUCCAACUCUCAGCUGAUAUAAAUUCUUUACAGGAUAAACUUGAGAGAUAUGUUACUACAUUAAAGGGUUCUAUAAAAAUUGAUAAUAAUAAAAUUCAAGGAUUAUAUGGAAAAUAUAAUUUAGAUACUCAAAAUCUAACUGAUAAAGUUUUGAUGAAAUCAGUUUUACAGCGUCAUGUUCUAGAAAAAAUUUUUGAAUAUAUUGAUAAUUAUCUUGAGAUUAAAGAAGAUGAUGAUCCAAACCAUCCUAAUAAUCAGGAAAAAUAUAUAAUGUAUCAUGCAAAUAAAUUAAUAUUUCUUCUUGAUAAAUUUUAUAAUAACCAUUUUAAAGAAGAUAAUAAUAAUACAAAAAAGCAAUAUAUGCAUCCAUUUGUAGUAUUCGGAGCAAAAAACCUUAAUCAAUUAAUGACAGGGUACCGUUAUAUCAAGGAUGAUACUAAAAGAAAGAGUGUAGAAAAUUUUGCAGAAAAUCUUAUCAAAGAUGUUGUUAGGAUAUUUAAAUUUCGAUUAUUAGUUCAAGAACCAAAAUGUGAAACACUCUGGUUUAAAGAUGACGAAAAAAUAAAUAUUCAAUUUAUGAAAGGACAAUGGGGUGAUGAUUGUUUGGAUGAUUAUGUUGUGGAUAUUUGUUAUUUUCCUUUGAUUGGAACGGAAUUGAAUGAUUCGAGUAAAACAAAAGAUCAUGAAUCUUUAAAUGAUGAACUACAAGAUAAUUCAAGUUCAAUCAUAAAUGACAUGCUUAAUAAAUUAUUGACCACACCAUCCUAUUCAACACCAAGUCAAAAUUCAGAUAACAACGAUCGUAGCAAUGAUCCAAAUAAACGUCAACAUUCAGUCAACAACAAGGAUCCAGAUAAUCGUCAAAAUUCAGCUAACAGUAAUCGUAACAAUGAUUCAUAUAGGCGUCAAAGUUCAACUAACAAUGAUCGUAAUAGGGAUCUAGAUAAGCGUCAAAAUUCAGCUAACAGUGAUCGUAGUAACAGUGAUUGUAGCAGUGAUCCAAAUAAACAUCAAAAUUCUGCUAACAGUGACCACGACAGGGAUUCAAAUAAGCGUCAAAAUUCCGUUAAUAGUGAUCAUAACAGUGAUCCGAUUGAUACCAAUUCAUUCCAUAAUCAACAAAUCCAUUCUCGAAACUCUAAUAAUCAAAGAAAAAUAAAAUGGGCUCAAAUACUCGGGCAAACUUCAAGUAAAAAAUCGUAG